AUGGCCUUGAAAAGCCUCCUGCCCUUCGCGGCUCUGCUCUACUCUCUCCUGUCCUUCCUCCCGCGCUUCCCCCUCUCGCUAGCGUGGCUCUCCCUGUGCGACGCAUCGCGGGAGGUAACGGCCAAAGGCCGCAGCACGUCGGGUCGGACACGUAAGGACGCCGCCUGGCAGCCGGUGAAGACUUCGGAAACGCCCGGUGACGCGGCCGAGGAUAGGCAGCCGCGGCUGGGCGGGCGGGAGGGCUUGGCGCGAGGCUUGUUGGAUCGCUGCACCAGAUUCGGUUGGCGGGCCCCGAACAGAGAGAGGCAUCGAGCUGCGGACGUUUCGGCGAAGGCGCUGCCGACGACCCAGCCUGAGAAGAAUUCCGACAGCGACCACACGGCCUCGUCGCAGCUCUUCCAGGACGCCUUCUUCCCACCCCUCCUCUGCCGCGCCCUCCGCGACGCGGACGUCGUCCGGCUGAGCGCCUGCGACCGGCGCCUGCGUGCGCUGCUGACGCCGGAGCUGUUACAGAUCCGCGAACGGGCGCGCCUGGGGGCGGCGGACGUCGAGGCGGUCGCCCGGUGUGACCAGCCCACUUCCCUGCAGUUCCUUCUGCGCAUGUCCUGCGCCCUGCUGUGGUCCCUGGCCAGCGGCGGCUCGCUGCCCUUCGACCGCUUCGUGUGCAGCAUGGCGUACGGGGCGCGCGGAAUGCACGCGGACGCCGUGGGCUACGGCUCGAUCCACGAUAUUUUUGAGUCGGACGAUGAGGACGCAGACGAUGCGCUGUGGUGCUACUGA